GUCUGUUUGAGGCAACAUGGAAGUCUUAUUUACGAUUAGUUAUUAAACUAUUUAAUUUUUUGAUAAUAUUGUGUGGCUUAAGUAUCAUCGACACGUUACGUUUUUGAGGUAGGGUGAAAUUACUGAAUGAUUGCACUGUGAGUCGCUCGAUGUCGACGUUGAGACAGCAGUGACAUGCUCCUCUUCUGCCCUACCUGCGCCAACGUUCUGCACGUCGAAGAAUGUGCAACCGUCGACCAGGGCUCGUAUCGCUUUGCCUGCAACACCUGUCCGUACAUAUACCAUAUAAACCGUCGCGUCAGCACCAGAACUUACCCGAAACUCAAGCAAGUGGAUGAUGUAAUGGGCGGUGCUGAUGCUUGGAAGAACGUUGACUCCACCAAAGAAAGGUGUCCCAAGUGCUCUCACGACAGGGCUUACUUCAUGCAGAUACAGACUCGCUCAGCCGAUGAGCCCAUGACCAUUUUCUACAGGUGCUGCAAUUCUCUGUGCAAUCACCAGUGGCGCGAGUAAAGCUAACGGCUCUUGUCACCAAGUUUCUAGAUAUCGAGGUCAUGAGAUUGUUGAGUUGUCUUUUUACCAGAGCAGCCAAUCCAUCAACCAUGGGACCAAUAAAAAAUCGUCUUA